AUGGCGGCGGCGCAGGGCGCGGGCCCGGCGGGGCCCGGCGGCGGCGGGACGGGCCUCACGGACCUGCCGGGCGAGCUGCUGGAGCUCAUCCUCUGCUGCGACGUGCUGGGCGCCGCCGACAUCGGCCGCGUGUCCUGCACCUGCCGCCGGCUGCGCGAGGCGUGCCAGCCCCGCGGGAAGGUGUGGCGGGAGCGCUUCCGCCUCAGGUGGCCAUCCCUGCUGAAGUACUACAGCCACAUGGACGGGGUGAGCUGGCUGGAGGAGUACAAGGCACGGCACAACGCGGGGCUGGAGGCCCAGAGAAUUGUAGCUUCCUUCUCCAAAAGGUUCUUCUCAGAACACGUCCCCUGUGAUGGAUUCAGUGACAUUGAGACUCUGGGGUGCCCCAGUCACUUCUUUGAGGAUGAGCUGAUGUGUAUCCUGAACAUGGAAGGAAGGAAAGGCCUCACCUGGAAGUAUUAUGCAAAGAAAAUUCUCUAUUUCCUGCGGCAACAGAACAUAUUAAAAAACCUGAAGGAGUAUCUGCAGCGCCCGACUGAGCGACAGUCCUUCCUGGAGGGUGCUGUUUUAAUUGAUCAAUACUGUAACCCCCUGUCAGACAUCUGCCUAAAAAGCGUCCAGGCGCAGGUGGACGAUAUCACAGACAAGGUGCGCAAAGUCCUGCGGACCAAAAACCCCCGGCACCCCAGCUUGGCUUCCAAGGCAGGAGAGGUCUCUGUCCCAGAAGUGGAGCUCCAGCGGCAGGUGCUCGAUGCCAUGAACUGUGUCCUGUACGAGCAGUUAAAAUACAAAGGAAACGAGCUGGAUUACUACAACUCCCUGAAUUCAUACAUUCACCAGGUUUUGAUCCGCAGGACAGGAAUUCCCAUCAGUUUGUCUGUGCUUUAUUUAACAAUUGCCAGGCAACUGGGAGUCAAACUGGAACCAGUCAACUUCCCCAGCCAUUUUCUCCUGAGGUGGUGUCAAGGAAAAGAAGGGAGCACAGAUAUUUUUGACUACACCUACAUCGACGCCUUCGGGAAGGGGAAGCAGCUGACGGUGAAGGAGUGCGAGUACCUGAUCGGGCACCACGUGACAGAGGAGUUCUAUGGAGUGGUGACUUCCAAAGAGGUCCUGCAGCGCAUGGUGGGCAACCUCCUGAACCUUGGCAAGCGAGAAAGCACUGACCAGUCUUACCAGCUCUUGAGAGACUCCUUGGAUCUGUACCUGGCCAUGUAUCCGGACAAUGUGCAGCAUCUAAUGCUCCAGGCUAGGUUAUACUUCCACCUGGGAAUCUGGCCAGAAAAGGUCCUGGACAUCCUGCAGCACAUCCAGGCCCUGGACCCGUCUCAGCACGGGGCCGUGGGGUACCUGGUGCAGCACACCCUGGAGCACAUCGAGCGGCGCAAGGAGGAGGUGGGGCCUGAGGUGAAGCAGCGCUCGGACGAGAAGCACAAGGAGGUUUGCUUCUCCAUAGGGCUCAUCAUGAAACACAAGAGAUACGGCUAUAACUGCGUCAUCUAUGGCUGGGAUCCCGCCUGCAUGAUGGGACACGAGUGGAUCCGCAAUAUGAACGUCCACAGCCUCCCCCACGGCCCCCACCAGCCCUUCUACAACGUCCUGGUGGAGGAUGGCUCGUGCAGAUACGCUGCCCAAGAGAACCUGGAAUACAACUCCGAGCCUCGGGAGAUCCCUCACCCCGACAUCGGCCGCUACUUUUCCGAGUUCACCGGCCUUCACUACCUGGCAAAUACUGAGCUGGAAAUUCGGUAUCCAGAGGAUUUGGAGCUCACACGAGCCACGGUUCAGAAGAUCUACAACUCAGGCAAGGAGUGAGUGCAGAAGGCAGCGUGAGGACAGAAGCAGCUGGAGUGUAGCUUUACCCUCUUGGCAAAACUUGCGUGGAAAGCAAGUUCGGUGACAAUCCUUUGGCUUGAUAAUGCAUUGAAAACUGCAUUGAACUUUGAAACUGGUGCUACAGCAUCUUCCCCUUGCCUGCCUGCCCGUUCUGGCCCGAGAGGCACAGGGACAUGUUGGCAGUUGAGGCCAAGCAGAAGGAUCUUGCAGGGACAGCCAUGCCAAGGAAGCGCGUGGUCCUUCGGAAGGAUCUGCACAAACUGCUCGUCCUGUGGUUGUCUUGCCUUAGGAGGUCGACACAGUGAGAUCCCUGGUGUGGAACGUGGAAGAACCCCCUCUUCCACAGAAGGAAGUUGCUUGUCCUUGCAGUACUGUGGGGUUUUUGUUUGGUUGUGUCUGUUUGCUUUGGUUUUUAAUGUGUAUCCCACGCAGGUGAUAGUUUUUAAAGUCUCUUACGUUUCCCUGUCGUCCUCUCCGGUCUGAAUUUUUGGUCAGGUUUUGCUUCACCUCUGUAGUCUGGUUGUUCAUAGAGCUACUGUUCCAAUCCUAAAUAUCCUUCUGGGCCUGGCAAUAUCCUUUUGGGCCUGGGAAAGAGCCCCAGCAACAAAACCAGCAGCAGUGAGGCUUCUGGGGGUGGCAGGCACUGGGUCCAGCGGCCACCUCGCUGAGGACACGGACUCUCCUAAAGCAGAAGAGGAGCUUCUCAUCCUUUUCCACGCCUGCUGAACACACCCAACCCAUGUUUUGUGAUCUGUUCAUCAUGUGUGUCCAAGGCAGCACCUGUGGCACGGCCUGAGUGCUCCCAGGACACUUUGGAACCUCGUGGCACUUUCCUGGGAGCCUUGGGGCCGGUGCCACAAUGACUUCGAUGUACAGGGAGCUGCCACUCGCUGCCUCCUCCAAUCUGUAGGUAUUUAUGCAAUACAUUGGAAUUAUGACUGGAAACUGGCCAGCCCUGGAGUCAGCCAACCUGUGUAUGGAAACAAGAUGUUGAUUCCUGCAGCUUGAGGCCUUCUUCCUUUUUGCCAAAAGAGACUGGAUUCUGGGGGAGCACAGACUUUGCUGCCUGCAAGGGAAGAGCUUUAGCAGCUCGAGGCACAUGAAUUUUAACAUGACUGAAAGACCCAGACAGAACCACAGCAGAAAAGGUUUUCCUCUGGGUCCAGGGGUGCAGAGUGACAGUGUUUGUGCAUAUCUUUGUGGUUUCUGAAGCAAUGUGUGUAGAGUAGCUGCAGCUCCUGUCACUGUCCAGUUGCAACACAGUAGUUCUCUCAGAGCUCAGAAUUAGGUCCCUGUAGAAUUAGGUGGAUGCUCUUAGGCUCUUGUAGCACUUCAGGUGAAAUCACAGAGCCCUGCCCUAAAGCAAUGCUUGAACUGCAUGUCAUCCUCCUGCAGUCCUGGUCAUGCUCCUGCAGUCCUGGUCAUGCUCCUGCAGUCCUGGUCAUCCUCCUGCAACCCUGGUCAUCCUUCUGCAACCCUGGUCAUCCUUCUGCAAUCCUGGUCAUCCUUCUGCAGUCCUGGCCAUCAUCCUGCAGUCUUGGUCAUCCUCCCGCAGUCCUUGUCAUCCUUCUGCAGUCCUGGUCGUCCUUCUGCAACCCUAGCCAUCCUCCCUCAGUCCUGGUCAUGCUCAUGCAGUCCUGGUCAUGCUUCUGCAAUCCUGGUCAUCCUCCUGCAGUCCUGGUCAUCCUCCUGCAGUCUUGGUCAUGCUCCUGCAGUCCUGAGCACUGGUUGUGUGCAAGAAAUAAACACUCAAAGCCCAGCACGUUGCCCCUGGAGUGGUGGUGAUGGUCUGCAGGGACCCCAGGCCUUUAGGGACAGCAGCCUGGAAUGUGCUGGGGAAUGGGGAAGGUGCUCUGCUCCCAGGGGAACUGUGAAGGAUUAUAAUCAUGGAAUCCCAGAAUAGUUUGGGUUGGAAGGGACCCUAAAGCUCAUCUAGUUCCCAUGGGCAGGGACAUCUUCCACUAGAGCAGGUCUGCACCGAAAUGACCUUGCAGGGGGGAGGAACUUCCAUUUUGAAUCAGGGUAGGGAAACCUCGGACAAAAAUCUUAAAACCCAUCCCUUGUUCUCGAGGGUUGGAGCAGACCCCAGCCCUCCAACCCUUUUUGGGGGUUGAAAGCAGAUCCCAAAAGAUUCCUAGCAGGGGUGCCAAGUUGGGAAUGGGGCUGUGGAGUCCCAAGCUUGAUGCUGGUAGCUGAGAACAGGCAGAGCAGGGUUCGGGCUCCCUGUUCCCAGUCCCAGAUCUGGAUGUCACCGAGUUCCCUUGGACUCUGCCAAAUGGGCACUCUGGUGACAUCUUGGCCUCUCUCAAGUACAUCAAGGGAAUUUUAUCGAGCUCACAGGAGCCCUCAGGUGCUGCCUGAGUGCCAGGCAGAGUCGUGCCAUAAAAAAACCACAGGAGCCAACGGAAGCCACACAGAGUUCCCUUGAAAAUUGUUGCUGGCCAGUGCUUAUCUAACCCACGUGAACACAUGCUGUGUGCUUAAAGCCAGGGGUCCCAGAGCAGCCAGCAGAGCCCAUUAUAUCCCUCUUUUGGGGCCACUGUGUUUAUACCCCAAGGAGAGUCUGUUCAAGGAGGAAGUGGGGGAGCUGCUGCUCACCACAGACUGCACCCUUCCCCUUUCCAAGGGGAGUGUUGUGUGCUGUGAGGGACUGGGUGCACAGGGCAGCCCAGCAGCCCUGCAGCUAAAUCCUGGUCCCUUUGGCAGGUGUUUUGUGGAGGAACUGUGUCCUCCACAAGCUCUGCUUUGCUGUGCUGCCCACGCCUGGCUGUGGGUGUUGGUGUCACCCGGGAGCACCGACACAGCCUUGGAUGUGCCAAAUCUGGAAGAAACUUGAGGUGUUUUCAAUAGGCACCACACAAACACCAGCCCAGGGUCCAAGUCUGCUUUUGGGACUUCAGACAAACACAAAAGCCCCCCUGUUUGUUCCCGUUUGGUUGGGGUGGCCCCUCUGCCCCCUGUGCUGUUUGCUCUUGGUGAGGAGGAAUUCCCUGCUGAAGUAUCUGCAGCUGUAGGAGCUUCAGCCCAAGCGUCCAGGGUGGCCAGGGAAAGCUGGAAACCCCCCAAGGGUCCCUCUCUGUCCCUGCUUGAGCAGCCUCUUGGAAUGCACAUCAGUUCCUGCAGGCUGCACAUCUGAGAUCCCGCACGGCCUCUGUGGGAUAGUGGGGUGACAUUUCCCUGUGUCCCCUCCCCUCCUGGCAGCACAGGAGGGGGUUUCCACAGUCACCUUUUCCCCAAGAAGACAGCAGUGGAUCCCAAAAGUUCCUUGUGUCCGUGGGUAAUGUCCAGGUCCACGUCAGUGUUCAUGUUACAGCUGGUGCCGAUGCACACACUGUGCAGUUUGUCCUGUCUCUGUGGGGCUCUCCAGGAGAAGGGAUGUUUUCUGGGGAAGGUGGAAUUGCCUCCCUCCUCUCCCACCAUCCAACCAAGUGGAAAGCCGGGCCUGGUUCCUCAGUGUGGUGCCAAAGUCCUCUGGUCCUGCAUCCCCUGGGAGCAGAGGGAUGAAUUUCCUGCAGCUCAAACCGUCUUCUCCCUUCUCUUUCCAUGUCAUUGACCAUCUGUCCUGGGGACAGAACAGCCCUGGUUAAACCUGGAGGGUGAAGGAAAAACAGAGUGGGGGAAGAGGAGGCUGGAGGGAAGGAGGAAUCACUGUCUGGAUCAUUAGGAAAAGGACAGGGAGCUGAGCAGCAGCCAUGGGCUGGUUCCGAGCAGUGCCACUGGAUCUGGGGGCUCAGGGAUGUUACAGGGAGCACCAUUCCCGGGUUUCCUCUAGCAGGGAGCGAGGCCUGUGGGCAACAGCAUCUGUGGGAGGUUUGUCCACCCUGACAGGCCAGUGUCUUGUGAGAGAGGCUGCAGAGCUGCUCCCAGCCCUCCACCAGUGGAGUGUGUUCCCUGGGACAGCUGGUGGUGCCACAUCCUCUUGGGAAGCCCUUCCAACCCUCACACACCCAUCCUGACACACAGGAACAUGCUCAGAGUGCCCUGACACAGCCAAGGGCUGGGAGUGUGGCCUCUGUGACAAACCAUGACGUUUGUCACCAGCCUUGGCAGGAAAACCAGACAGCAGGACCCUCCAGCCCUGCCUGGGGCCAGCAGAGCGCUGUGUCCUCUGGGACAGGGGGUGAGGAAGGGCCUGGGGCUGGAGAAGGGCUCCUGGGAUGUCCUGGUCCCUUCCAGGCCACCUUCACCUGCGCACCAGGUUGCUCAGGGUGUUGUCCUGACUAGUUCUGAGCAUCUCCCAGGGCCAUCCCAGCUCCGUGGGCCCUGCCAGCCUCCCUGCUGGCUCCUGCCCCGCAGAGGACACAGGGACUGUGCAGGCAGGGACAGAAUGGUGCUGUGUUACCCUCCCUUCUCUGGGUUGGAGGGGCCUGAACCAAACAAAAAGCCACAUUUAAUGGGAAAAUGCCCAGAGGGUGCAGAGCCCUGAGUCCCAGGGCCCCCAACACAGCUGAGGUUGCAAGAUGGGGACAUCUCUCCUUUCUCCUUUUUUAUUUAUAAACAGGUAUUUUCCUGGAUCUGGGACAGCUGGAGGCUGGAAAUUAUUUGAUCCCUUUCCUGUUUAUAUUUGGCUUUAAAAAAAUAAACGACACUGACUUGCU